CAUUUUCAUUCAUCUCGUUUCGGUGUGCUGCACCACACACACUUUUGGUUGCGCGAUUCGGGAAGAGAGAAAAAAAGUUUUAUCACCGUGUGAAAUUCCGUCGGAAAAGCAGUGAAAUCGAUCCGGAAAUAGUGCGAAAACUUGACCCCAGCAGAACAGCACAUACAAAACAUGGCUGCCAGUACUAGCGGUGAUAAAGCGGCGGAUGAUUCACUUUACCCGAUCGCGGUGCUAAUCGAUGAGCUCAAGAACGAGGAUAUUCAGCUCCGCCUCAACUCGAUCAAGAAGCUUUCGACCAUUGCCCUGGCUCUGGGUGAGGAACGAACCCGCACUGAACUGAUCCCGUUCCUGACGGAAACCAUCUACGAUGAGGAUGAAGUGCUGCUGGCGCUUGCCGAACAAUUGGGCAACUUUACCGCCCUGGUCGGAGGGCCUGACUUUGCAAUGUAUCUGAUUCCGCCGCUAGAAUCGUUGGCCACCGUCGAAGAGACGGUCGUACGCGACAAAGCCGUCGAAUCGCUGCGGAUCGUGGCAGCCCAGCACAGUGCUCAGGAUUUGGAAGUGCAUGUCGUCCCAACGCUGCAGCGUUUGGUGUCCGGUGAUUGGUUCACAUCCCGCACUUCGGCCUGCGGAUUGUUCUCCGUUUGCUAUCCAAGGGUUUCGGCCGCGGUUAAGGCAGAGCUGAGGAACAACUUCCGACAGCUGUGUCAGGAUGAAACUCCGAUGGUGCGGCGUGCUGCCGCCGGCAAGCUUGGUGAAUUUGCCAAGGUUGUGGAAGUUGAAUAUCUCAAGUCGGAUUUGAUUCCGAUGUUCGUACAGAUGGCACAGGAUGAUCAGGAUUCGGUUCGAUUGUUGGCCGUUGAUGCUUGCGUCAGUAUUGCCCAGUUGCUGCAGCAGGAUGACGUGGAACAUAGCGUCAUGCCCACUCUGCGUCAAUGUGUCAAUGAUUCCUCGUGGCGUGUACGUUACAUGGUUGCCGAGAAGUUCACCGACCUGCAGAAGGCAGUUGGUCCGGAAAUCACCAAAACUGAUCUAGUACCGGCUUUCCAGUAUCUGCUGAAGGACACCGAAGCUGAAGUUCGUGCCUCGGCCGCAACCAAGGUGACCGAGUUCUGUUCCAAUCUGGAAAAGAGCAGCCAAGAACAGAUCAUCAUGACUUCGAUUCUGCCCUACGUCAAGGAACUGGUGGCCGAUCCGAAUCAGCACGUCAAAUCGGCACUCGCCUCGGUUAUCAUGGGUCUCAGUCCUAUUCUGGGUCGUAAUAACACCAUUGAGCAUUUGCUGCAGCUAUUCCUAAUCCAGCUUAAGGACGAAUGGCCAGAAGUUCGUUUGAACAUCAUUUCCACCCUGGAUUGCAUCAACGACGUCAUUGGAAUUCAACAGCUGUCCCAAUCUCUGCUGCCGGCCAUCGUUGAGUUGGCUGAGGAUACCAAAUGGCGCGUCCGGUUGGCGAUCAUCGAAUACAUGCCUCUGUUGGCCGGCCAACUUGGACAGGAAUAUUUCAAUCAGAAACUGCGUGAUCUCUGCUUCACCUGGUUGAAUGACCACGUGUACGCCAUCCGCGAGGCGGCCACCCUAAACAUGAAGAAGAUUGUACAGACCUUUGGAACGCAGUGGGCUGAAACCAACAUCAUCAAUCAAAUUUUGGUCAUGUAUAAGAACAGCAACUACUUGCACAGAAUGACGUGUCUGUUCUGCAUCAACGCCCUGGUCGACGUCGUCGGAGCCGAUAUCAUCAAGCGGCUGUUCCUGCCUACGAUCAAGGUCCUGUCGACGGAUCCGGUUGCGAAUGUGCGCUUCAACGUCGCCAAAACGCUGCAGAAGCUAUCCCCAUUCCUGGACCAGGCCGCAAUUGACGAACACGUCAAGCCAAUCCUAGAAAAGCUGAACACGGACACGGAUGUCGAUGUCAAGUAUUUCGCCUCAGAGGCAAUGGUUGGAAUUGCUGCCGCCUAAAUUGUAUCCAGGAAAUUUUGUAUGCAUUGUUAAGUAAGUUAGAAGGAAAUAAAUUCAAUACUAUCUAGCGACAUACAACUACUUAUCCGAUUAGAAAGCACGCGUCAAUCUUGUUUAUUUCCUUCUUUAGAUCCUUCAGCAAAAGCUAAAGUAAACGACAGCUUAACACAGAGAAAGCUGGAAAUUCUGAUUAGGAAACGACAAAUACAAAACUCUCAAAGGAAAAAAAAACUUAACUGUUCGAUUGACACUACUUGGACCGGUUAUUUUAUACUCAACAAAUUCAAAGUCAAAAUCGCAGGAAAAAGGGUUGUUUGAGAUAGGGCUUCUUCUGCUAGGCAGCCAUUUAGCAUUAUUAACCGGAGGGUUGGACGGAAAGCCGGCCGACGCAACCCGAACAAGAAUAAGAGAGAAACGGACGCAUUUUUUGGAAUCAUCAUUAAGUUACUACAAGGUUACAUCUUUUUUUCAUUUCUCCUUUUUCGAGACGAAAGUUAAAAACCCAAUUCACACACAUUGAUAAUGGUAAUCUGCUAAUGAAAAACAAAACAAAAAGGAAAAUAAUAUGACACGACCGAAAGUAUAUCCAGCUACAUUAACUUAGUUUAAGUUUACAAUUUAACGGUGAACACACUUAUCAUGUAAGAAAGAUAAUUUAACAAACAAUAAAGUCCAACAGAGGAAUCAA